GUCGGUUUUCGUGAUAAGGCUGUUUAGGAUUAUAAAGAGGGAGGUGUCUCGUCCAAUUGAUCUUGUUCUUCGCUAUCUCGAUAUUAUAUCUUACUUCCAUCCUUACACUUUUGCUUUACCCAGCUAUUGAUCCUUUCACAUCAUGGCUACUGCUUCAUCUCCUUCCUGGCAAGAUGUUGCUGCAAGAAAGCAAAAGGAGGUCUACGAUGCCAUUCCUUCGGCAUGGUUAGUUCGGAGACACCUUCUGAAUGGUCACAAUUUUACAGAUCUACCCAUGAAAUGCCCACAUAUCAUGUCGAAUGAAGAGCUCUUCAUCACAGAACAACGAGCUGUAGACAUCCUUGCCCAAAUUCACUCCAGGGCAUGGACAUCUUACCAAGUUACACUGGCCUUUUGUAAACGAGCGGCUUUGGCUCAUCAAGCUACCAAUUGUCUCGCUUUGAUCAUGUUUGACUCUGCUCUGGAGAGAGCUAAAGAAUUGGAUGCUUAUAUGGCAAAGCAUAAUCGACCAGUUGGACCUCUCCAUGGACUUCCCAUCUCAGUCAAGGAACACAUCUAUCUCGAGAACACACCGUCGACAUCUGGCUUGAUCUCCUGGGCAGACGCACCCAGUCCAGGCGAUGCUCUGAUCUGUAAAGUGUUCAGGGAGGCAGGAGCAGUCUUCCAUGUCAAAACUACGAACCCACAAACUCUCAUGGCGCUGGAGACACAUUCCAACCUCUUCGGACGAACCCUCAAUCCUUUCAACAUCAACCUUACCUCUGGAGGCAGUUCAGGCGGCGAGUCCGCUCUAGUAGCCAUGCGUGGUUCACCUCUAGGCAUCGGCACAGAUAUUGGUGGCUCCAUCCGCGGUCCUAGUGGUUUCUGCGGUGGAUGGGGACUCAAAGCCUCUGUCGCCAGAAUCCCUCACUCCGGUCUCAGCGGCCUCCACUCUGGCAUGGAGAACAUAAUCGGCUGUGUUGGCCCAAUGGCAAACUCCCUCGCCGAUCUCCAACUCUUCUGCAAAGUUGCUCUGGCAGCAGAACCCUGGGACUUUGAACCGAGUCUCAUCGAUAUACCCUGGCGAGAUGUAAAGACAGAGGACUUGCCUGAGAGACUCACCAUAGGCGUUCUUUGGGAGGACAACACCGUAACACCCCAUCCACCCAUCCAACGCGCUCUCAAAGAAACAGUCGCAAAACUCCGAGCAGCAGGCCAUCGCAUCGUGAACUGGGAUCCUCAGCACCACGCCGCACUGCUAAAAUGGAUCAAUGCAGCCUACUUCCUCGACGGAGCUGCAGAGUACAAAAACACUCUACUCCAAGGAUCUGAUCCUCCAGUACCGAUGAUUGAAUGGCUUAUCGAUACGGAAUCAAAACCUCUCCGCCACACCGUGGAAGAAACUUGGAAAUCGAACUCUGAGCGUGAUCGUCUGCGCACUGCAUUUUCUGUUCAAUGGAGAGAAAGUGGUAUUGAUGCAUUGUUGUGUCCUGUAAAUCCUGCUUGUGCGUCUGCUCAUGACGAGAGUAGAUAUUGGGGUUACACGGCUGUAUUUAACGCGACUGAUUUGCCUGGAGUGGUGUUCCCAGUAACUAAAGUGCUGGAGACGGAUACUUGGGAUGAGAGUACUGGGGACGUGAAGGGCGAGAGAGAUGAACUGUAUAGAAGGUAUUGGAAUGAGGGUGGGUGGGAGAAGUACAAAGAUGCGCCUGUUAAUUUGCAGUUGGUGGGCAAGAGACUUAGGGAGGAGAAGUUGUUGGCUGUUGCGGAAGUUGUGGAAGGAGUCAUCAGGGCUGGAAAUGUCACAGACAGAACUGAGAAGACAGAAGAGUAUGUCAAGGAGACGGAGAUGGUACAGAGUCGCUUGUAAAGAGUCGAAUAGAGCAUUUCGGUGAAUUAGAUUGAUUAUCAUGUCACAUUGUAGUUAUCGACAUAUAUACACCACUACACAGACACCAACCCACAAUUCAUUCUGCCUCAAGCGCUGUAGUUCGGCUGCGAGCCAUCACAAAGAUUCUCCAGAUACUUCAAAUCCGUAUCCUUGACCGCCACACCAUCGCCAAAGUCCCUUACCGUACUCUCACCAAGCAUCUCAUACUCCUGCCACCCAGAACUCUCAAUACCACUCAUGCCUCCACUUGUGAAAGCUACCCAAGCAUCUUGCAUAGCACGACUAGUCUCUCCUUCCAAAGCCGGUCCCACACCUCUAA